UAACAUAGAAGCUUCCUGCGAAACAUAAAUAGGACCCGGGGCCUACCAGUCGAUUGAAUCUGGAUCAUUAUCCGUUUCAGACUCAGCUUCUUCAAGAGUUAUCGCGAGAUCUAAAUCGUUGUUCUUCAGAAUAAGGUGUUUCGUUUUAAAACAACCGGCAACCUUCCAUAGGCCUCGUGCAAGCUUAGCCUAUCAAACCUCUGCAGCGCGGCAGGAGCAUUUGGCAGAGCCAAUAGAACUCAAAGUAGCGACGUGAAACAACAAACUGUAUCAGCAACAAGGAUGUGUUUCUACAACCAGAAGAGAUUUGCAUGCGGAGACUGGAGCUGGACAAGUUUCGCUCACCGCUGCAACUAUGAGUACCGCACUGGGGAGACAUGCGGCAUGAGGCUCGUCAAUAUGACUGAGUUUGAAACAACACUAUGCCGCUUGUGCGAGAAGAUCGAAACCAAAUACCGGCGGCGAAGCGCCGAGGUGGAACGCUUGAACCGAUGGAAACGGGAGGGAAGCACUCUCGUAGCGUCCAUGGACCGGUCACAGAAGCUCGUCAUGGAGCUCGAAAAAGAAAUUCGCCAACUGCAGCGGGAGCGUGACGAGAGAAGAAAGGCACUUUCAUGAAUGAAGGAUGGGAACUUUUCAGGGGCCAUGCGUUGGGCCACUUGCUGUUGCUUUCGUUUGUGCUUAGGAUUCCCUCUUUGGUACUGUCUUUCGGUUUCAGACCAUAUUCCUGUUUGUAAAUUCUGUGCCUCACAGGGGCUGUGUCACUUGACACCUUUCUUUCCUAAUAUUUCUUUUUUUUUUCCCU